AUGGCUUUUCUUUGUAGGAUCAUACUGAAGACUCUCAUAUUACAGGAGAAACAGAAGGAGAGGGUGAAACCAGUGGCCAGCAUGCAUCAAAGGAAAGCAGAGAUGUCCCGCCAUUCCGACGCUUUCAUCGCAUUACUAGGUGGGUAUGGAACCUUAGAAGAGCUCUUGGAAGUCAUCACCUGGGCUCAGCUAGGAAUCCAUAAUAAACCCAAGGAUGUUAGAGGGGUGAUGCCUGACACGUACGACUUCAACAAUGACAUUUGGUUGUGCCACUCCUUUGGAGGCCAAUGCUACAAUUUGAUAGCAUUCAAUGUGCUGAAAGAAAUUCAAGUGUUCCUUGAUGCCAACCCUUUGGAGAUCAUUACAAUCUUCAUAGAAGAUUAUGUCACAUCACCUCAAGGCCUAACUAAGGUAUUCAAUGCCGCCGGCCUUAGGAAAUUUUGGUUUCUGGUAUCAGGGAUGCCUAAAAAUGGGCAGGAUUGGCCCAUCAUCGAUGAUAUGAUUAGUAAGAACCAGCGUUUGUUGGUAUUCACCUCAAAAUCAGCCAAGGAGGCUUCUGAAGGCAUUGCCUAUGAGUGGAGAUAUGUUGUAGAAAACCAAUAUGGUGACAGUGGGAUGAAGGCGAGUUCUUUUCCUAAUCAUGCGGAAUCAUCUCCCAUGAACACAACAACAAGAUCCCUUGUUUUAGAGAACUAUUUCCCUGACAAUCCUAAUUUAGCAACAGCUUGUAAGGACAACUUAGCUCCACUUACUGGCAUGACUGGUACAUGUCAUGAAGCAACAGGAAAACGAUGGCCCAACUUCAUUGCUGUCGAUUUCUACAAGAGAAGCGAUGGAGGGGGAGUCCCACAAGCCCCACCAUAG